UAUUUCUCAGUCAUUUGAUGUGUACAUAAUAGGUUGGUUUUGUGUUUUGGCGUAUAAAAAUCACGUAGAUUACAUUUUAUUGCUUCAAAGUCAAACGAGUCGAACAAUGUAGAAUUCUGUCACGAAUUAGUUCAUAGAAGGAAAAUGCCUAAACGGCGAUAUUUCUGCUCAAAACCAAAACAAAGCAUUUUUGAUUGGUGCGAAAAUUGUACUGCUUCGCAGCAGCUGCUGGUACAAAAAAAGGUGUUAGAAAGGUGUGUGAAUGAAAUACCAAUUUGUUGUCCUGUAGAGAUUUGAGCACAACAAUGACUCAGUCAUUCACUUGGGAAUAUCCACCAGUUCUCCACCGCCAGUUCUAGUGCGUGGACAUCGAGCAACCGUUUCCUGGCGUUUUUUACAUAUAAAACGAUGGUUCGGCUCGACUAGCGGUGCAGGAAUCUCGCUUCACACGCCAUUUAUUUGUUAUUAUAAUCGACAUGCGCCUAUAUUAUCCAAUUGACAGAUACCACCACAACCACCUUGGAACGAUAAAAACCGACGAUCAGUUGAAGGCAAAAUCUGUUCCCCUUUGCUCGGUAAAUGAUGUGCAGCUGCGAUUUCUCUGCCCGGAUGAUUUAGAAGAGGUUCGGACACUCUGUCAGGAUUGGUUUCCGAUUGAUUAUCCACUGUCCUGGUAUGAGGAUAUCACUUCGAGCACACGCUUUUUCGCCUUGGCGGCGAUCUAUAAUUUUACUAUUAUUGGGUUAAUCGUGGCGGAGAUAAAGUCGUACUCGAAGCUGAAUAAGGAGGAUCGUGGGAUACUUUCAGAAUCAAUGGGACGAGAUGCAGAUGUAGGCUAUAUUUUAUCACUUGGUGUUCAUCGUAAAUACCGCCAAAAUGGUAUCGGUUCUUUACUUCUGGACUCACUAAUUAACCACCUCACCAUAGCAGAGCGACACAAAGUCAAGGCAAUAUUUCUCCAUGUACUGACUACAAAUCAAACGGCUAUACUUUUCUAUGAACGAAGAGGGUUCAUUCUGCAUUCGUUCUUACCUUAUUACUACUCGAUUCGGGGGAAAUGUAAAGACGGUUUCACUUAUGUGUCAUACAUUAAUGGAGGGCACUCACCGUGGUCGUUAUAUGAUUAUCUGAAGCACUGGUGUUCAUUAAUCGUAACGGCAGGUGGUCUCUGCUCCUGGAUGAACGGGCGUAUCAGGAGCGUGUUUCGUUGGGUGUACUAUCGAACCAUAUCCAGGUUUGUUUUUACCCAGGAAAACUGAUGGUGUGACAACGUAAAUACUAGUAUUAGUAUCGUGAUCCAAUAAGCGAGGUAGUCAAAUUACUGCGGUGCAGUAAUGCACAAUUAUGACUAAGCUAGACCUAAUAACAAUUGUAUCGAGAUAGAAGAGACAGGUAUUAUCUGCAUUUUGAGCAAAUCCCCGCUGAAUUACCCGAACGCUGUGCCGACUCUCCAAUUUUUUACAACUGCUACCCAAAAUUACAAUUUUCAUCAAAAUUGGUCAUGAUAUUACUUAUCAUGAUGGGGGUUUGGGUUCGAUUCCCUUUAUGGCUUUAUGGCACAUAAAACAUGCUGGAAUUUUAUUCAAAGCCACAGCCUAUCAUUCAGACAAUACACAUAUUUCAUGCUGGAAGAAGUCUGGUCGUUUUGAAGCGAUCUAGUUAUUGAGCUGUUUUCUUAUUUCACCAGGAAAGGCCGGAAAAAUAUUAAUCUGAAGGCGAAAUGCAUGGAUGAGGUAGAGCCUCCAGUGCAUUCUAUUAAGUUAACUCUUGGCAGCUCCAUGUGGCAUGCCGUAAAAUUAUCUUUCCUUGAGACGACUGGAAUGGUAAAAAAUCCAGUCGUCUCGCUUCAGAUGUUUGUUCAAACGUUAUAAUGAUAGAAGUGAUAGUUUUAGACAUUAUAGAGGCGAAUGAACUGCAAAGUUUAAGUUUUAGCGAGAGAGGUAUUACUGGAAAAAAGAGAUACGGAUGUUAAUCACUACGCCAAAUCGCCUCCACAACGUUUUUGUCUAGAAAAAAAUAAUGCAAUAAAACUGCCCGCAAAUGGAGUUUUUCCGGUACAAAAUUCGACCAUAUUUGAUAAAAAUAUGAAACUGCAGAACUUCAACAUAAUGCCCACAGUACGACAUUCGUCACACAUUAUAAAUCCGUAAAACAAUACUUGAACAUCUAAUAAUUUCGGGUAGUCGGGUCGGAUUAGAAUUGGUAGUUUUUCGGUUAACUGGGCGUGGAAUUGGUCUUAUACGAUAAACGAGUUGGUUCAUAUCAGAUGAGAUUGUUGAUCAAUAUUUAUUUAUUCAAAUCUUCCGUUUGAAAAUUGAACUAGUAUUUAGUAUUUAGCUAUUCAGGCAUGUAAUUGAUAUAACGAUUUAUUUUGCAACAAAAUCGUUUGAUAAUUUAUAAAGUAAUGUUUGUACAGAUAAAAUUUGACAGCGAACCAAAUACUAUCAUUAAGUGCUCCAAGGGUUUUCCACAGAGAAUUGUUUAUAGAUAUCUGUAACAGUGUUGACGUUCGAUCGCAUAUCAAUACAUACGGGAGCUGUAUGAUACGUAGGUACUUGUCCUAGGCUGGAGAUAUCAUCUAACAAAUUAUGGUUUUUAGCGGGAUAGUUCUGAUACUUGUUAUACAUCUAUCGUAUGGUUUUAAAGUAAAUAUUGGAGUAUCUAAAAACAUUGAAAUGAAUUUCAAUACAAGGGAAUAUGCUUAUUUGAGGAACCAGAAUAGAGCAGAAAUGAUCAGAAUGACUUUGUGUUGGAUCGCAUAUUUUCAGCUUAUGAGCACUAUUUUAUUCUCCAAAGAAUCAUUGAAACGGAUAUAAUUUUUAUUUUUUCAGUCAAUGAGCAAAGUUGUAUUAGUAGUCUAAGCAGAUGCUAAUUAAAGAUGUAAAAACAAAAUUUUAAAUGAUAUUUAACAAGAAUGUUUAUUUAUUCAACGCGGGAGUGAGGUUUUAUUUUCGAAGAGUAAGUUAUGCCAAAUAUAAUGCGUUACGAAAAAAAAUCAUCCCUUUUUCACAAUUUAUCACAUCGCCCGUUAAGAGUACAAUUAAAAUCUGUCAUAUAAAAUAGACCGUAUACUACGAGGGUAAUCUUUUUUAUCUUCGUAUUGCUAGUUAGGGUUUCUAACUGUGGUAAAGGCAUCCUUCGACCCUAUCGCUCGCAGUUUCAAGAUAUCAUUGUUUUACCCUGGAAGACUACGAUGAAUCGACUCUCCACGUCAAAUCAGAAAACAUGUCAUGUUUUGAAGAAAUAGUUUGAACGUCGAUAACUAUUCUAGCCGAGAACGGAUUUUGAUUAUUAGCAUAGUAAUCGAUUCGGAAUUUCUCUAACCGUCUCACCCGGUUCUAGUAGCCAUACCCUCCUGGUCCCUCCAAACACAGAGCAUCAACUUUCGGCCGAACCAUUCAUUGUCAUUCAGAUCGAAAUCACCUUUUUUGAAUUGCCGAAACCGUCUCUCAUAUGAUAUAUUAAUACACUGAACGAAACUCGUGUAAUUUUGAUUUUUUUUUUUGCAGAAUAUAACUAAAAUAAAACAUAUUUUUGAAGUUCAAUAUCGAAAGAAAAAUGUGACAUACAGUAGAACCCCGAUUAUCCGCGGAAUAGUCUGGCAACGUCACCUCGGAUACUGAAAAUCACUGAUAAAGCAAAAGAGGGCUGAAAAUAAUAUGCCAUCGCGAAAAAACGAUAUCUCAGCAUGUUUUAUCAAUGCAAAGUUCAUUAAAUUAUCCAUCUGCACGGUCUUGUAUACCAGAGGACAGACAAUGUGAAAGCCAUGGCCAAAACAAAAGAUCAAGAGCAUACCACCCACUGAGAAAUU